CACUUGCUAGGCCGCUGUGAGUCUGAGCUCCGCAGACAUUUGUGUGUGUACACGUAUCACGGCAGCUUCAUGGGUUGACCCGGGGCAGUCAAUGGGAACAGGCUAACACUGGCUAACACGGGCUAACACAGGCUAACACGGGCUAACACAGUGGAAUCCUAGCUAGGCUAAGCUAGGCCAGACUAUCUCCUAAAGUAAGUGGAAGAACAGCCCGUUUUUCGUCGUAACAGUGGGACCAUUCUUCUGGUUCAUGGGAAGCGGGCGACUUGCUGCGGCUCGGUGAACACAUUUCAAGGUGGCGACAGACAAAGUUGCUGGUAAGCUGAGUUCUACUCUCUCAUGGGUGAAGAACUCGGUGUCCCACACAGUCAGUCAGAUGGCUAGCCAGGUAGCCACGCCCACGUCCCUGCCGUCCACGACUACCUCCUCGUCUACGUCUUUGUCCUCACCUGCCCUGUCGCCGUCCUCGCCGGCGAAGCUCAGUCCCGAUGAUGUGGAACUGCUCGCCAAGCUGGAGGAACAAAACCGGUUGUUGGAGACAGACAGCAAGUCUCUGCGCUCGAUGAAUGGCUCCAGACGGAACAGUGGCUCCUCCCUUGUGUCCAGCUCCUCCGCCUCCUCCAACCUCUCCCACCUGGAGGAGGACUCAUGGAUUCUCUGGGGCCGAAUCGUCAACGAGUGGGAGGACGUGCGCAAGAAGAAGGAGAAGCAACUGAAGGAACUGGUCAGAUUAGGGAUUCCUCACCACUUUCGGGCAAUAGUGUGGCAGCUGCUGUGUAACGCCCAAAAUAUGCCCAUCAAAGAUCAGUACUCGGAACUCCUGAAGAUGACCUCACCCUGUGAGAAGCUGAUUCGCAGAGACAUCGCCCGCACUUAUCCCGAACACGACUUCUUCAAGGAGAAGGACAGCCUGGGCCAGGAAGUUCUCUUCAACGUCAUGAAGGCUUAUUCUCUGGUAGACCGUGAAGUCGGCUAUUGUCAAGGAAGUGCAUUCAUCGUCGGGCUGCUACUAAUGCAGAUGCCAGAGGAGGAGGCUUUCUGUGUGUUUGUGAAGUUGAUGCAAGACUACAGAUUACGAGAGCUCUUCAAGCCCAGCAUGGCUGAGCUGGGACUCUGCAUGUACCAGUUUGAGAGCAUGAUCCAGGAGCAACUGCCAGACCUCCAUAUACAUUUCCAGGCUCAGAGCUUUCACACCUCGAUGUACGCCUCCUCUUGGUUCCUCACCAUCUUCCUCACAUCCUUCCCUCUGCCUGUCGCCACAAGAAUCUUCGAUAUCUUCAUGUGUGAGGGUUUGGAGAUAGUUUUCCGUGUGGGAUUGGCCAUUCUCCAGAUGAACCAGACUGAACUCAUCCAGCUCGACAUGGAGGGAAUGUUACAGCACUUUCAGAGAGUCAUCCCACACCAGCUGGACAGUGGCCCAGAUAAGGUUAUCCUGGCUGCUUAUCAGGUCAAAUACAAUGCCAAGAAGAUGAAAAAAUUAGAGAAAGAUUACACUACAUUCAAAACUAAAGAGAUGGAGGAGCAGGUGGAGAUAAAGAGGCUGCGGACAGAGAACAGACUCCUGAAGCAGAGGAUCGACACGCUCGAGAAAGAAAGCGCUUCCUUGGCAGAUAGAUUGAUCCAGGGACAAGUGACGCGAGCUCAGGAGGCAGAGGAGAACUACCUGGUCAAGCGGGAGCUGGCCACAGUCAAACAGCAGAGCGACGAAGCCAGUGCUCAGCUGGAGCAGGCCAGGAAAACCAUCAGGCAGCUUCAGCAGCAGCAGCCACAAGCGAAAGGAGCCCCUCGGUAUUCUGAGGAGUCUGUCCUGCAGCUGGAGCGGGAGCUGGUGCAGGCCCGACUGAAGGAGGCAGAAUCCCAGUGUGCACUCAAAGAAAUGCAAGACAAGAUCCUGGAUAUGGAAAAGAGGAACACAUCUCUACCAGAUGACACCAACGUUGCACGACUACAAGAGGAGCUGAUCGGGGUGAAGCUGCGGGAAGCCGAGGCAGUGACUGGUCUGAAGGAGCUGAGACAGCAGGUCAGAGACCUGGAGGACCACUGGCAGCGUCACUUGGCACGCACUGCUGGCCGCUGGAAGGAUACACCAAAGAAGAAUACUUUGAGUGAGCUACAGGACGAGCUGAUGAGUGUGAGGCUGCGUGAGGCCGAGGCUCAGGCAGAGCUCCGAGAAACACGGCAGAGGAGCCUGGAGCUGGAAACACAGAACCAGAUUCACAGCAACCAGCUGCGGCGGGCGGAGCAGGAGAGUCGCGCUCAUGAAGAGCGUGUGAAAACAUUGACGACGCAAAAUCGAGAUCUAAAUGUGCAGCUGAAAGAGCUCAAGAGGAGACAGGCUGAGAUUGAAUGCAAGAGUAAAGAGGAGGUGAUGGCUGUGAGGCUGAGGGAAGCUGACAACAUUGCUGCUAUGGCUGAACUCCAACAACAGAUCUCAGAGCUUGAGAUUGAGAAAGAAGAGGGGAAGGUCCAAGGCCAGCUGAACCACACCGACUCAAGCCAGUACAUCCGUGACCUCAAAGACCAGAUAGCAGAGCUCAAACACGAGAUCUGCUGCUUAAAAGGGCAGAGGGUUCUAUCCACUCAGCCCACUUUUGACGGCAUCCACAUCGUCAAUCACUACGAGUCGUACCAGUCUUCAGACGAGGAGGGAAUCAAGGUGCCCGCCCUCCAGGAGACGCAGCAGAGGAGCAGUGGCCGCAUCCGCCUGCGUCCCAACCUCAGGGACACGGAUAGCGAUGAGGAGGAGGAGGAGGAGGAGGAGGAAGAGGACAGCGAGGCACUGCGUCUCUCUGUGCCUCAGAGCAGCAGCCACAAGACUACAGCCGUGUGACCGGCCACAGGUGGUCAACAGUCUACAGAAGGAAAACGCAGCAACAUUUCAUAUCGUGAGAAUCACUCACUCAUGUGAAUGUA